CUGGCGGCCGAACGUAGAGCUACUUCGUGUGACCGGACCAAAUAAAAGUUCUUAGUAUCACAGCCAUGUGCAAAUAAACAGCUACGUGGAGUCUGCAGAGCCGAUGUUAUUGCUUGUGUAUGUCUUCAAAUAAUGGCCGUUCGAUCCGCAUCCGACCGUUUGUACUUCACCAGCGUGGAAAGAAACUACAGCCUCUCGUCUUACGGCGGGAAAAGUUCUCAGUUAACUAUCAAGGGAGAAGCAGAGCAGAAGAUGAAGUAGUUAGUCAUUCAUAGCUAGAACGGCGUCGCCAGUUCGAUUCCACUCUACUCCAAGUGGGAUUUCUCUCCUCCGUAAGCUAAAUUUUGGAGGUUUUCGACGUCCUUCUCGGCCUCUUGCUUCCAUGGAGUCGUCUUCGUCGUCGAAUUGUAUGAUCUGGUUCCGAAAAGGCCUGCGGAUUCACGAUAAUCCGGCAUUAGAGCUUGCGCAGAAGGGCUCGAAGCAUCUAUUUCCUGUUUUCGUGCUCGAUCCGUAUUACAUCGAUCCGGACAGCUUGGCUUCCUCCCCGGGAUCCUCUAGGGCCGGCAUUAAUCGGAUUCAGUUCCUGCUAGAAAGCCUUGUCGAUCUCGAUUGUGGACUCAGGAGGCUUGAAUCCCGCCUCCUUGUGCUUAAAGGAGAGCCGGUACAGGUUAUAGCCAGGCUCCUUAAGGACUGGAAUAUAGGAAAACUAUUUUUUGAAUUUGACACGGAGCCGUACGCCCAGACUAGAGAUAAUAAAGUGAAGGAUAUAGCUUCCGCAUCUGGAAUCGAAGUUUUUUCUCCAGUCAGUCAUACACUCUUUGACCCCGCGGAAGUCAUUCGGAAGAAUGGUGGAAAGGCGCCAUUGACAUAUAAGUCAUUUGUAGCUAUUGCUGGUAAACCAUCAGCCCCUCUACGGUCGAUGUACUCCAAGCUUCCUCCUAUUGGCGAUAUUGCAGGGUACGAAAUUCUUGGAGUUCCAUCCAUUCAUGACCUUGGUUAUAAAGAUGUUAAACAGGAGUUUUCUCCCUUCCGGGGUGGUGAGACAGAGGCACUUAAGAGGUUGAAGGAAAAUUUGGUUAAUAAGAAAUGGGUGGCAGAAUUUGAAAAACCAAAGGGUGACCCUUCUGAAUUUAUAAAGCCAGCAACAACUGUACUUUCUCCAUACUUAAAAUUUGGAUGUCUUUCUUCGAGAUAUUUUUUUCAGUGUGUUGAUGAUGCUUAUAAGACAGUUAAAAAGCACACACAGCCUCCAGUUUCGCUUGCUGGACAGUUAUUGUGGCGUGACUUUUUCUAUACUGUGGCUUUUGGUACUCCUAAUUUUGAUAGAAUGCAGGGAAACAAAAUAUGCAAACAGAUUCCAUGGAGAGAUGAUGAAAAGCUUUUUGUAGCUUGGAGAGAUGCUCAGACAGGCUAUCCAUGGAUUGAUGCUAUCAUGAUUCAGCUGAAGAAGUGGGGAUGGAUGCACCAUUUAGCCCGCCAUUCAGUUGCAUGCUUUUUGACUCGGGGUGAUCUAUUUAUUCACUGGGAGAAAGGACGUGAUGUCUUUGAGAGACUACUUAUAGAUUCUGAUUGGGCUAUAAAUAAUGGCAAUUGGCUAUGGCUUUCUUGUUCAUCAUUUUUUUACCAGUAUCACCGCAUCUACUCUCCCAUAUCUUUUGGGAAGAAAUAUGAUCCUUCAGGAAACUUCAUCAGACAUUUUCUCCCAGUGUUGAAAGAUAUGCCCAAAGAAUACAUAUAUGAGCCUUGGACUGCUCCAUUGAGCAUACAAAGGCAAGCAAAUUGCAUUAUUGGCAGAGAUUACCCAAAACCUGUGGUUCCUCAUGACUUGGCGAGCAAGGAAUGCAAGAGGCAAAUUGGAGCAGCUUAUGCACUAAACCUUUCUGGUGAAACUGCAGAUGCUGAAGAAAAACUGAAUAGCCUGAGAAGGAAACUUGAAGAAGAUGAUUAUGAUGGUAUUCAAAAUAUGAAGCAGAAAAAAAGGAUGUCCAAAUAAUAUUGGCUUUUGAGAUGAAUAGCCAUAUGCAUUGUUAUUUAGGCUUCAUUUUGUGUUGAUUUCUGCUACGUUUUUCUGCUUUCUUGAUUUGUAGUUGUUCUGAAGUGUUUGAUGUAAUUGGCGUGAGAAAAAAGUCCAAUUAUAUGAACAAAAAAUAAAAUUAAAUUUAGAACAAUAUUUUUGGUA